AUGACGACGCCAACACCAACAACACCAACCGUUUUCGACAAAAUUAAAACUACUUUUCAAGACGGAAAAACUCAAGUUACCAGAGCAGUUUCUGAUGUUAAUGCAGAAAUAUCAAAAGCUGCUCAAAAUAACAACAUAAAUUCUCCGUUACCAGGCGAUUUCACUUCUGAAGUAACAAAAGCCACAAAUAUUUUGAAGGGUUUUACCGAUCCUGAAGGAGGUCUGGAUCACGUAAUUCCAACGGAUAUUUUUAAUAAAGCAUUCGGUUUAGCUAUCUUCACCGUCGUCAAGGCUGGAUUCGUAUGGUCUGGACGCGUCGGAUCUGGUUUGGUUGUUUCCAAGCUUGAUGAUGGAACUUGGUCCUCUCCAUCCUGCAUUAGCAUCGGUGGGCUGGGUUUUGGUGCACAAUUCGGUGCUGACGUUACUGACUUUGUAAUCAUCCUUAACACCAAAGAAGCAGUCAAAGCAUUUUCCCAUGGUGAAAAUGUAACUUUGGGCGGCAGUUUAUCUAUAACCGCCGGUCCUGUUGGUGUCGGAGGUGAAGUUUCUGGUACUGUUUAUGAUGGCGCUGCUCUCUUCUCUUAUAGCAAAUCUAAAGGUCUUUUCGUCGGUGUUUCGCUCGAAGGUACUAUCAUCUUUGAACGUAAAGAUGCGAAUAAGACUUUUUAUGGUGAAGAUGUUUCCGCCGAAGAUCUUUUGUGUGGAAGAGCCGGAAGACCUCAUCCAAAUGCCACUCAUGUGUUAUAUGAAGCUAUUAGAAAAGCUGAAGAAAGACAGCCCAAAAAUUAA